AUGAAGAUCUCGUCAGCCAUUGCCACCCUUGCCGCUUUUGCUACUGUUGUCAAUGCAGCUCGGCCUUCUUACAAGCUCAUUCCCGAUCCAGAGGGACAAUACCCUCGUCUUGGUGCAUGCCCUGAUGAACAUGCUUGUAUUUUUCCUCCCGAUGUCUCAACUUUCUUACCUGGUGCCUACUUUGAUUUGCGUGUGGAAUUGCAUGCUUAUGAUAAGGACAACAGCACGGUGCCUGAGCCAUACACAUCCUUCAAGACUUUGGUACGCAAAGAUGGCAAGGGCAAAUGGCAAAAUGCCGACGACUUUUUUGGCUUUGAGCAAACACCCGCUUUGGAGAACUGGAACUUUACAUGGGCCAACACUAUCGAGGCCACUCUGAAGGAGGAGGCUGGUGUUGAUGUUGCUGUUACCUCGCGUAUUUGGCGUAAAAUCAAAUUUGAUGAGCCGGGUACAUAUGACGUAGCUGUGCAGUAUGGUCCCAAGGAUUAUUACACCGUGCGCUAUAAUGUUGUUCAGCCCAAGGCAUCAAAGAAGAAGGCUAAAAACGCCAUCCUUUUCAUUGCUGAUGGAUGCAACGUUGGUAUGAUUACGGCUGCUCGUGCUCUUGGUCGUAUGCACACAUCUGGAAAGUACCACAACCUGUUAUCCUUUGAAGACUUUGACAACCUUGGUCAUGUGCUCACCAAUUCAGUGGAUGGUUUGGUCACCGACUCUGCCAACUCGGCUUCUGCUUAUGCUACUGGACACAAGGCUAGCGUCAAUGCUCUUGGUGUUUACGCAGACUCGUCAUCCGAUCCAUUUGACGAUCCCAAGGUUGAGCUCAUCACCGAAUUGAUCCGCCGUCGUCAACCAGGCAAGGCUGUAGGUGUUGUCUCUACCGCUUAUGGCCAGGAUGCAACACCAGCUGCAUUUUACGUGCACACUCGCAGAAGAAGCGAAUCAGGCCAUAUUGUAGAUCAACUCGCUAACGGUGUUGCAAAUUGGACUGAUCCUGUGGCUCCUGAUGUGUGGCUUGCUGGUGGUGCCGAAUACUUCAAGGGUGAAGAAGCAUUGAAUGAGACAGACUAUUACGAUUAUCUCCAAGAUCAUGGCUACAAACUUGUCUUGAACAAAAACGAGCUCAAGAAAUACAAGGACGAUGAAAAGUUGCUUGGUGUAUUCCGCACUGGAAAUCUUGAUACCUGGAUGGAGCGCAAUAUCCUCGUCAACAACACCGUUGGCAAUGGUGCUGCCCCUGAUUUAAGCGGCAAGGAUGCUCUCGGUUCCGAUCAACCUGGCUUGACUGAUAUGACGCUGAAGGCUCUUGAGGUGUUGAAAAAGCGUGGUGGUGAUGAUGGUUUCUUUUUGAUGUCUGAAGCUGCAUCGGUUGACAAGCAGCUUCAUCCUCUGGAUUUCACGCGUGCUUACGGCGAGCUCUUGGAAAUGGAUGUCACUAUCGCCAAGACUGUGGAAUGGCUUAAAAAGAAUGGAGAAUACGAGGACACCCUUAUCUUGUUCACCGCUGACCAUGCCCAUCCAUUUGAUGUCUGGGGCUCGGUUGACCAAGAGUAUAUUCAACGCAAGACUUCUUCUGAAAGAGAGAUGCGUGAUUCUAUUGGUCUCUAUGCAGCUUCUGGUUGGCCUGGAUACUAUGAUGAGGAUGGUGAUGGUUUCCCUGACAACUGGCACCCUAAAAUCACCUUGGCUGCCGGUGUGAAUGAUGGACCUGAUCAUUAUGAAGCAUUUGCAUUCCCUGCUACUGGCACUCGUGUUCCUGCUGUCAAAGAGGAUGGUAUCUAUGUAGCAAACAAGGAAGAUCAAGCUGGCAAUUAUGGAGCUGGUCUCGAAUGGCAUGGUAAUCUUCCUGUUUCCGAGUCCCAAGGCGUUCAUUCAAUGUCUGAUGUAUUUAUUUACUCAAAUGGCCCUGGCUCUGAGCUCUUCAAAAAGACAAUUGAAAAUUGGCAGGUCUUUUUCGGUUUAACUGAGGCGCUUGGCCUUCAGGAGCCUGUCGAAGGUGAAAACAAGAAUUAG